GCGGGGCCGCAUCACGGAGCAUUUCUGUGGUCGGACCACCACAUCGAGUUCCACCACACGGUGGCCCCGUCCUCCUGUCGAGGCAGCUGCUCUCUCCAGUCUCCAACCUCGCUGCACAGUGCACACGCACCGCCGUUCCUCCAGCUCUGUGCUGCCCGCUGCGAAGAUGGUUGGCGGCGCGUGCGCUCGCAGGCUGGCCCGCCGGUCUCGCUCUGCCCUCAUCGUAGCCCUCACGGUGCUGCUGGUGCAGACGCUGAUCGUGUGGAACUUCAGCAGCCUCGACUCCGGUGAAGACAGCCGGGGAGACGGAGGCUCCAACGCGCGGGAGAAGAGGGACCGGGUAGCGGGCAACAAAGCCGCUGGCAGCGACUAUUUCCAGCAUGGGGCGCAGCGGCAGCGGCGGCAGCAUCCUGCGCCGCCUGAAAGAGGGACCUCUCGUCACAUACAGCAGCCGGACGGCUACUACUCCCAUCGACCGAAGGAGAAAAGCAGAGUGGACAGCAACAAUGAGAACUCUGUACCAAAAGACUUUGAUAACAUAGACAACAGUAACUUUGGUGCACGCUCGCAGCCGCAUCGGCAAACCGUCGGGGCCACCGGCAGGAGGCAGCAGCGAGAGCAUCUGCAGGAGAAAGGUCACGGCCAGCAGCACGUCUGGCGUGACAACUCCCCCGGCCUGGUUCGCAGCUCCAAUGAAGUGCUGCCUUUAAGCCACCAGCCGCUGGCGGUCGCCAACAACUCGCGCCCCGGUGGUCAAGGUGUGGCUGCAGGAGGGCCGCGGCAUCGUGCCUCACACCAGGCCCAGCACCGGCAUCAGCACCCUCACAAAAGGCAGGCGACUGCAGCGACCCUGGAGGUGACCUACGACCAACCACCCAAGUGUGAAAUCAGUGGGAAGGAAGCCAUCUCAGCUCUGUCCAGGGCCAAAAGCAAAGACUGCCGGCAGCAGAUUGCUGAAGUCUACUGUAGACACAAGGAGGGCCAGUUAAUGCCAGAGAAGGUCACACGCUACUGCCCCUUAGAAGGGAAAGCCAAUGCAAAUGUCCAGUGGGAUGAAGACUCUGCGGAGAGCUUCCCAUCAAAUCCAGUGCGAAUAGCAUUUGUCUUGGUGGUGCAUGGUCGCGCUUCUCGUCAGUUUCAGCGUCUCCUCAAAACCAUCUACCACACGUCCCACUACUACUACAUACACGUGGAUCAGCGCUCCAACUACCUCCAUCGGCAGGUAAAGGCCUUAGCGGCUCAAUACCCCAACGUGAGGGUGACACCAUGGCGCAUGGCCACCAUCUGGGGGGGUGCCAGUCUCCUGACCAUGUAUCUUCGAAGUAUGGCUGACCUGUUGUCCAUGAGGGACUGGAGCUGGGAUUUCUUCAUCAACCUCAGUGCUGCCGACUACCCCAUCAGGACAAACAACCAGCUGGUGGCCUUCUUGUCCAAAUACAGAGACAUGAACUUCAUCAAGUCACAUGGCAGGGACAACGCCAGAUUUAUCCGUAAACAAGGCCUGGAUCGUCUCUUCUAUGAAUGCGACACCCACAUGUGGAGGCUGGGUGACCGUAAAAUCCCAGAGGGCAUCUCUGUGGAUGGAGGAUCCGACUGGUUCCUUCUGAACCGAAUGUUUGUGGAAUAUGUCAUCAACUCCAAGGACGAUCUGGUCACCAACAUGAAGCGCUUCUACGCCUACACUCUGCUGCCCGCCGAGUCAUUCUUCCACACUGUGCUGGAGAACAGUGCCUACUGUGAGAGCAUGGUGGAUAACAACCUGCGCAUCACCAACUGGAAUCGUAAAUUGGGCUGUAAAUGCCAGUACAAGCACAUCGUUGACUGGUGCGGAUGUUCCCCCAAUGACUUCAAGCCUGUAGACUUUCACCGCUUCCAGCAAACGGUGCGUCCCACCUUCUUUGCCAGGAAGUUUGAAGCCAGUGUGAACCAGGAGAUAGUGAACCAUCUGGACGCCUACCUGUUUGGACCGUUUCCACCGGGGACGCCAGGCCUAAACUCAUACUGGGAAAAUGUGUACGACGAGCCAGAUGGUGUGGCCAGCCUGUCGGACACACAACUCACCUACUACCAUUCCUUCUCAAGAUUGGGUUUGACCCGCACUGCCGCGUCGCUGCAAGGCAACCCACGGGAUCAUAGCUGCAGGUAUUUCCCCAUGGGCCACCCAGUGUCCGUACAUUACUACUUCCAGUCUGACCAGUUCCAGGGCUACCUUGUCAGACACCAUGCCACCAACCUAGCAACAAGCAAGCUCGAGACAAUGGAGACUUGGGUGGCACCGAAGAAGAUCUUCAAGUUAACCACUCCUCCAAAAAGCACAUUCAGCAGAUUACAGUUUGCAGAGAUCGGUACAGAGUGGGACGCCAAAGAACGAAUUUUCCGUAACUUUGGCGGCCUGAUGGGCCCCAUGGAUGAGACAGUGGGGAUGCAGAAGUGGGCUAAAGGGCCUAACGUUACCGUAACGGUGGUGUGGAUCGACCCAACAAACGUCAUCGCGGCCACCUAUGACAUUCUUAUCGACGCGACCGCUGAGUUCACCCACUACCGACCACCACUCAACCAGCCUCUGCGUCCUGGUGUUUGGAGUGUCCGCAUCCUGCACCACUGGAGCCCAGUGGCUGAGAUGCGCUUCCUUAUCGCCCCUUUGGCCUACGAUAAGCACCAGCCUGUACGGCAAGAGGACACUCUAAAGCUUCACAAUGGGCCAUCCAAGAACAGCUACAUGGAGCAGAGUUUUCACGGCCUCAACCCAGUGCUCAACAUCCCCAUCAGCCUGGGCUACGUGGAACAGGCCAAGAGGAACGCUGCCCUGACCGGCCCGGAGCUGGAACACUGGGUCGACAGCCUUGUGGGUGAGCUGUGGGAGGCAGCAGACAUCUGUGCCGUGGGCCCGACUGCCUGCCCGGUCAUGCAGGCCUGCUCCAAGAACCCUUGGAGCUCUUUAAGCCCUGACCCCAAAUCCCAAAUGAGAUCGCCGCGUGCUGAUGGGCGCAUCAGGUAGCAGCGAGGCCUCCAGCUGGACAGGAGGCUGCAAGAUUCACUGUUGAUUUUUUUUUUUAACUUAUUUACGGGCUUGAUUGCAGUUGCUGGAGGCGGAAAAUGUUUUCCUUCUGUCUCGGGAGACGAAGGGAACAUAAGAAGGUGAUCAAUGUUAGUGUCAUCCACCCUGCUUUUAUGGAACUAUGCUGUCCUGUGCUAUUUCCGUUUCACAGUGUAUUUAUUUGUGACUUUUACUGUGAUCAAAUCUUGCAAUUUCAAGCAUUUAUUUUGCUGCUCAAUGAAUUCUGAAUUUCAAUUUUCCAGCGUGGGGCACAGCAGCUAAUGUGGCAUUGUGCUCCACAAAAGGCCUUAGCUGCGCGACUCGUAAGCAGGACGCCUGGUACCAGAUUAAUUUAUGUGCCUCCCAAGGUUUAUGUCAGCAUAAACAACACCCUAUCUGAAGUAGCGAAAGGUUUAUUUUGAUAUGACCCCAAGAAGAACCAAUAUUCACUGCCUGUAAGGGAGUUAGAAACAUGUUAUCUCUUGAAGAAGCCAAUUACUGUAAACUAUAAUCAGUAGAGUAAAUCCAUCACACAACUUGUUUCAGUUGAGUGUAUGAUCGCGGACUGCGGUGGGCAGCGAGGCCAUUUGCUGCAGACAGAAACAUGGAGAAAAAUGCAAACGCAAAGCCAUUCUCAGCUCAAUCUGAAGCAUGGUCCCCAAACUCCGGCCCGCGGGCGAAUGUGGCCCGCCUCUGCAUUUUGUCCGCCCCACUGAACAUUACCAGAGAUGCUUUUUAUUGUUGUUGUUGUCGUUGUUGUUGGUGUUUUCAAGUCUGGCCAGGUGAUCGAGACUUGUAGAUGCAUAUAACGUAACAUUCGAUUACACCCUUCUGCAGUCUGUGCCCUAUCCAAAACUCCUCCCUCAAAAAUAAAUAAAUAAAUAAAUAAAUAAAUACAAUCCGCAAUGCACCCCUGUCAAAUAAAAAAUAAAUAAAAAAUGGACUAAUGGCAAAAAGAUUAGGUAAGAGAAAAAAAUGAUUGGUUGUUAUUUAUUUCAUAAAUUGUGCCUGUCAAGAGCCCCCAAAAAAGGUGAGUAUGUGCUUAUGUGCGGCUUUUUGGAAAACAAUAAAUGUUGAUGUCUAGACACCUCCUGCGAUAGUCACACUUUUUGUUACAAACCGAACCCGGCCCCUGUCAGAGAAGGGAAAAGUUAUUUGGCCCUCACAGGAAAACGUUUGGGGGAUCCCUGAUUUAAAGUGUUAGAACAAAAAUUAAACUCAGACAAUUCGGGGUUCAGCAUUUGUUAAAUAUGUGGUAGCAUUUUUCUUUAAGAAACACCAGAUGUUUUGAGUAACAGGACAAAUCAUUUAUGUCCAGCUCGCUUUUCUUACCAGCCUGCCUCAAACUUGAAACAUAAUGAUUCAAAGCUGACCUUAAAUUUCAUCAUCUUUUUGUGUGUUUUUGUCCAGAUCAUUUCAGUGACAGUUUAUGGUGUACAGAAUUUUACAACAAAAAAAAAAGUCUCAAAAUUGUGUGAAUGAUGGUCCAUGAGUCGAUAUUUAAGUUUAUAUUAAUACUGAUAUUUUUAGUCAAUGACUAAAUAAUUGCAACGCUGCCUUGGCAGCAUGAAUAGUUGUUUGUUUGUUUGUUUUUUUUUUGUUGUUUUGAUUGGUUUGUAAGAAAAAAAAAGAAAAAAAAAGCUGCCUUUAUUUACAAAGGCCACCAACCCAAACGUAUACUGUAUCUUUUUAUGGCUCUCACCUUCGUGUCAGUUAGUGUUUUGUCGUGUCAGAAUAGAUCUUCUUGUCUUGGUUUUCCAAGAGAAAGCAACUCUUAACCUGAGAGGUUAAAGGUCACCUCCGUAGUGACCUUAUCAAAACAGAGAUGGCGACCACAAACAUUUGGACGAUUCGUUGUGAGGAGAAGCUAUUCCGCGUCGACUGCUUGCUGUGAGUUUCCGAAUGCCUGUGAGUGGUUGUGGUCUUCAUGCUGUGACAAUUAUGUACAGUUUCAAUGAUGUAAAGUGUUAUGCUAUGUCCUCGUUGCAAAAAUACAAAUUUAGAGCUGAAGCUUUCAAACUGUAUCGACAUGAAAAUGAUUUUUAGCUGUCAUUAAGACUAUCGCCGAUAAGUUCAUCACCGAGAGAAGUUCCAUCUUAACACAUCGGGCUUCUGUUCUCUUAUUAUGAAUCGAAAUUACCCAGAGCCAAUUCAAUUUCAAUCUGUCUGUCGACAAUGACCAGACAGGCAAGCGUUUUUUGUUUUGUUUUUUUCCUCUCUCAAAGGUUCAUUUAUAGUACUGUUCAUUAAUGUCAAGGUCACCUCACCCUUAGCAUAAAAUCACACAUCCCUCCCUCACACGGCAACACCGGAGGGGUUGACUUAUGCCGAACAAUUGGUUGGCUCCUAUUGCCACUGUCACAACCGCCACUUAUUGCAUUGCGUUGGCCACACUUCUGGAUGUAAAUUUAAUGGCAGUUUUCGUGAAAGGAGAAUUACAAUCGGUGUAACUCACUGUAAGAGCCCUAUUUUGUAACACAAAUGAUCAACAAUGAAGCAAAUGUAGAUAUGUAUUUUGUACUAAACUAUUGCGUAAAAAGAUGCUGUAUGUGUAAAUACAUAUGUGUUUCAAUGACACUGAUCAAUAAGGAGUUUUUGACAUUGAGCAAAGAGAGUGAUUUGUUGAUGUUGGUGUUUAUUGAUUAAAGUAAAUAACCUGCUCCACUGUUGGGGCCUGUUUGCUUCUCAGAGAAAAUCUAAUGCCAGAUUGUUCUUUUUCUUGCUUGAAUGUAUUGUCGAGCAACAGUUGCACAAAUUUCUCUGAACUCCCUUCAUCAUUUUGUGUCAUUUCUGUUGUUAUGUUUGUUUGUUUCUGGGGAGGCUCUGUGUGCCUUAGCUGACCUUUAGAACCUUCUCUGCCCCAUUGAGACAAUUUAUUUUUUAACCUGAUGUGAUGGUGAAUA